AUGAAUGAAAUUCAAAAGUUUGAACAGUAUUUACUAAUAAAUAUUCCAAUACCAGAUAGUGAAACUGAUGUAUCUCCAUAUGUAAAAGAAAUAUUAAAUGGUGAAUAUGAAGUAGUACUCAAGAAUGAAUUUUUUUCGUCUAUAAUUUUAAAUUUAAUUGAUGAAAAUAUUGAAGAAAAUAUUUCCAUAAAUAAUGAUAAUUGUAAAAAUUGGUUUUAUAUUAGUGUCGCCUCAUUUUUAUACUUUAUUCAAAGUAACUGGACUGGACCCUUUAAAAAAGAAGAUAUUGAUAGUUUAUUAAGACUUAGAAGAAGAGCAUCGACAUAUUUAUCUUUUCAUGACCAAUUUAAUGAAAAUGUUUCUAAAUCCGAAUUACUUUAUUUUGCUAAAAUAAUAUUAAAUAAUGAUCAGCUUCAUAAACAUUUACCUAGCUCUUUGUGGUGGUUAUUUAGAGUGAAUCACAUUCAUCAGUUAAUUUUAGAAGAAGCAUCUGAAAAUCUAUUUAAUAAAUCAGAAAAUUUAAUUAAACAAAUAUCUAUAUCUAAUUUAAUAAAUAACGAUUCUCUUCGAACAUUGUUUAAUAUUGAAGUGGCACAAUUUUAUUUUUAUUAUAGAAGAAUUCAAAGUUCAGAAAUUUAUUUAGAAGAUGCUAGAGCAGUAGCAAAAUUAAGCUUUGAUCUUGAAGGUGCAUUAGGAAAACGUACAAAAUAUCAACAACAAGCAAAACCACAAUUAUACUUAAAUGCUAAAGUUGAUAAGGACCUUUUUCCUCACAGAGUAUGUGAGAUAUUACCGAAGGUGAUAAAUUUAAGUGAUGAUUUACGUUUGGAAAAAGUAGAAUUUUUAAUUGAAAGAAAAAAUGUUGAACUUGGCUGUAUCGAAGAAGCAAUUAUCAUGACAAAAUUUUUUCAGCUGAAAUUAUCUCAACCAAAUGACCAACUGACAGAUGAAGAAAUCAUACCUUAUUUAAAUAAUGUAAUCGAUAAUACAAAAAAUUGGUCUUUAAGAAUGUCAGCAUUAUUUCAACGUUGUAUUUUGGAAUCCAAUAAUAAAAGAACUAUAGAACGUUCUUUAUCACAAAUAGAGUAUUUAAUCGAUCAAUUAAAUAUAUCAAAAACAUUUAUCUCUUUUAGAUUGGAUUUAUUUUUUGCAAGUGGAAUGAAUCCAAUAUGGUUAUUUAAAAAACAUUUAGCAAAUAUGAUGUUAAAUCUUGGAAUGGUUAAAGGAGCACUAGAUCAUUAUUUAAGUCUUUCUUUAUGGGAGGAUGUAAUUAUUUGUUAUACAAUUUUAGAAAAAAAAUACAAGGCAGCUGAAAUUAUACAACAAGAAUUAUCUAAAAAACCCACUGUAAAGCUAUGGUGUUUAUUAGGUGAUGUAACAGAAAAAGUUGAAUAUUAUGAAACAGCAUGGAAACUUUCGGGUGAAAAAAGUAGUCGUGCGCAGCGACAUUGGGGUCUUUAUUAUUAUUCAAAAAAAAAUUAUAAAGAAUCAGUAGUACAUCUAAAACUGUCAAUAGAACUAAACAAUAUUCAAGAGAGUGUUUUGGAAAGACUUGGUUUUGCUGCUAUGCAAAUAAAAGAUUGGAAAGUUGCAGCUUCGGCUUAUAGAAAAUACUGUGUCUUAGAACAAUCGAAUUUUGAAGUAUGGAAUAAUUUAGCAAAAGUAUAUAUCAAAUUGGGAGAUAAACGAAGAGCUUGGUAUUCUUUGCAAGAUGCAAUUAAAUGUAACUUUAAUAAAUGGGAAGUAUGGGGUAAUUUGAUGGUUGUUAGCAUUGACUUAGGUCAUUUUUCAGAAGUAAUUCAUUGCUACCAUCGUAUUAUGGAUUUAAAAGGAGUCUAUGUAGAUAUUGAAAUUCUUAGUAUUUUAUCAAAAGCUAUAAUUAACAAUGUGAAAGACUUCUAUGAAAAUCCAUCAAGAAAAUAUUUAAAAAAUACUCUGGAACUUUUUGGCCGAUUAACUGCUUCAAUUUCAAACAAUUCAGAUAUCUGGAUAUUAUAUGCUGAACUUACUGUAUUGAAAAAUAAUGGCAUGGAAUAUCAGAAGGCGAUUCAAUAUUUUCAACGAGCAUAUGGAGCAGCUAUUUCUAAUCCUAGAUCGUUUAAAAGUGUAGAAGACGUAAACAAAGUACUUGGUAUUUGUUUAAGAUUAGCAGAAAUAUCCAUGAGCUAUUUAACAAAUUGUUCAAAUACCCAGAAAAAAGUUAUACUUGUUAGUGUUAAAUUGUGUCUUCAAUCAGUAAUUAAAAAAGUGGAAGAUCUGAUAUGGGAAGACCAAUCUGGAAUUACAGAAAACUUCAUUAAAGUCAAAGAAAAUUUGAAAAUUGUACUAGAUUUACUAAUUGAAAUACAGAAUAAAGAGGAUUAAAACAAUUUUUAUUCCAUAUAUACGAUUUUGAAAGACUUGUAAGAAGUAUUCUUGAGUAUUUA